UUACGAUUGGACAACUUGUGCUUAUUCAAAGAAAUGCGAUUGUUUAUAUUGGUUAACUAAAUUUUUGUCAGAUGGUACACAAAAAUGCUUAGAGAAUCAAUGACAUGAUUUAUGGUUCAAUUCUAAAUAAGUCGGGCUUCAAACGGGACGUGGUCUAAUAAUCAGGAGUAAGAGGAUAUAUUAAGAUUUUUUGCAUAAAAUGAGAUUCCUCAGAAUGCUAGGUUCUGGUGGGGUAUUACAAAAGAGGACAAGGAGUCUUGGAUGGCGUGUUCUUCAGAGUGCCCUUUCAAAGCAUAACACUUAUGCAUCCACAGACAAUGGUACUGAUAAGGAGAACAAGGUAGUAGCCUCAAAUCAAGAUCCAAAGAAUACAAAAAGCAUGUCGACCGCCCCUCUUUCGAAAACCAUGUGUGCAAUACGUCCACCAAGAAAUGACUACUCGACAGACGGCUGUAACGAAAGGAGAAAAUGGGUAGAAGCUUACAUACAGCGCCCUCUGUACCACAUCCGGGACUGGUGGGGCAAAAGUAGUGAUGCCACAACAGAAUCAUUGAAAGGUCACAUUGAAAAUCCUAUUGGGUUGGCGAAAAUCCCCAUUGGAAUUGCAGGUCCUCUCAUGUUCAAUGGGGAAAACGCCCAAGGAAACAUACUCGGACCUUUGGCUACGACAGAAGGAACCUUAGUGGCAGCAGUGGAAAAGGGUGUUAAACUAUUGAACAAAGCAGGAGGUGUGAAAACGUAUGUCAUUGGUAAAACGAUGAUGCGAUCGCCGUCAUUCACAAUGGAAGAUCCGAGACAAGCUGUGCUACUUGCAGAGUGGAUUAAAACCAAACAGAGUAUUUUUCAGGAUAUAAUCAAAAAGAGGUCGCGUCACACAAUCCUUACAGGGUUUACAGAUGUCAUAACACAUGAUACUCUCCAUAUGGUAUUUGAAUACGAGACAGGAGAUGCAGCAGGCCAAAAUAUGACAACAUUUGCAACUGCAGAAAUAGUUGGUUGGAUUAUGAAGAAGCUUCCUUUAGAAUUACCGGAGGUUUACGUUAAAGAGUUCUCACUGACACAUGGGGUUGACGGAGAUAAGAAGGCCAGUAUGUACAGUAUGCUUGGCAAGAGAGGCGUUAAUGUCAUUGCUAAAUGUACUUUGGAAGAUGACGUUCUUCGGGCAGUUAUGGGAACCAAUGCCGAAGAUACAAUUCGUGCAUUUACUCAUUUCCAUUGUGCGAGUACCAGGGUUGGAGCUGUGGGCUUCAGUAUCAACGCAGCAAACGUGUUGGCAUCGAUGUUCAUCGCUACUGGGCAGGACGUUGCCAGUUUGCAUGAAUCUGCAACAUGCAUAAUUAAAGCCACCAAAACACCAGAAAGAAAUGCUGUAGAUUUAUCCUUGCAUUUACCUUCGUUACUUAUUGGCACCAUAGGUGGCGGCACAGGCCUUCCCUCACAGAGUGAUUGUUUGAGCAUCAUAGGUUGCCAUGGAGAUGGUGGGGUUAAGAGAUUGGCAGAAGUGAUAGCUGGUUACACAUUGGCUUUAGACAUUGCCUGCUCAUCAGCUCUGAUCGCUAACUCAUUUGAUUCUGGACAUGCGAAGUUAGGUCCAAAGAAGAAAUGAAAUAGCAAUUGAACAAUUCUGAAAUAUUAUGUAGCAGUUAUAAGUAUGCAAAACACAAAGGCAGGAUUGUUUACUACAUUGGUCCAUA